UGGUGGUCAGUGGGAAGAAUGCUCCUUACAUUGGUGGUCAGUGGGAGGAAUGCUCCUUACAUUGGUGGCUAGUGGAAAAGGAUGCACCUUACAUUGGUGGUCAUUGGGAAGAAUGCUCCUUACAUUGGUAGUCAGGGGGAAGAAUGUCCCUUACAUUGGUGAUCACUGGGAAGAAUAAUCCUUACAUUGGUGGUCAGUGGGAAGAAGGCUCCUUACAUUGAUGGUUAGUUGGAAGAAUGACCCUUACAUGGAUGGUCAGUGGGAAGAAUGCUCCUUAGAUUUUUGGACAGUGGGAAGAACAGUUCUUACAUUGGUGGUCAGGGGGAAAAAUGCUCCUUACAUUGGUGGUCAGGGGGAAGAAUGCUCUUUACAUUGGUGGUCAGUGAGAAGAAUGAUUGUUACAUUGGUAGUCAGUGGGAAAAAUUCUCCUUACAUUGGUGGUCAGUGGGAGGAAUGCUCGUUACUUUGGUGUUCAGUGGAAACAAUGCUUCUUCCAUUGGUGGUCAGUGGGAGGGAUAGUUCUGACAUUAGUAGUUAGUGG